GAUGGCUCUGAAUUUAUCCGCUGUGGUUAUAUCAUUCUAAACAGAGAUACCGUCGGACUGAACAAGUUCUAUUUGGACGAAGCUGAGUAUCCGCUGGAGGGUACAAUUGAAGUGUUUUGUCGCUGCACCACACUACCACCUGCCAUUGAAGUGGAGAAUAGAGGAUUUUUGGCAAUGUAUCAGACUGUAAGCGAAAUGGGCGCAUGGGAACGAUACUGGGCUGUUCUUCGCCGUGGCAUGGUUUAUUUCUGGCGUUAUCCUAAUGACGAAUCUAUGGAAAAGCGUCCCGUAGCGUUCAUGGAUCUAAGCAAGUGCACGAAUGAUGUGGUGGUAGCAUGCACUCCGGAACAAUGUCCUCGCGAAAAUUCAUUUAGCAUUGAUAUGCUGGUGUCCACAACACCAUCCAUGAUGGAAAAGAAGCGGUAG